AUGGACAAUGCUGGCCACGUGCUCGAGAUCGUCCACAAUGUAUACGCCAGAGCUAACGAUACCUCGACCGACGCCGAAGACGAGACACGACCGGCCGUCUUCAAGGUCGUGGGUAUAUCUCUCGCCAUUGCCUCGGGCGCAUUCAUUGGCACAUCUUUUGUGUUGAAAAAAGUGGGAUUACUGAAAGCAAACGAAAAGUACCAGGAAGUCGCUGGCGAGGGCUAUGGCUAUCUCAAGAACUUCUACUGGUGGUCGGGAAUGACCCUGAUGAUCGUCGGCGAAAUAUGCAAUUUUGUCGCAUAUGCAUUCACCGACGCCAUUCUGGUCACCCCGCUCGGUGCGCUCUCAGUCGUCAUCACCACAGUUCUCUCGGCAAUCUUCUUGAAGGAACGGUUAAGUAUGGUUGGCAAGGUCGCCUGUUUUCUCUGCAUCGUCGGUUCCGUUGUUAUUGUCAUGAACGCGCCGGAGGAAUCCUCAGUCGCCAACAUCCAGGAGAUGCAAAAGUUUGUCAUAACACCAGGCUUUCUCAGUUACACUGGCGUCAUUCUGGUCGGAUCUGCCAUUACCGCCUUUUACUGCGGGCCGAGAUGGGGAAAGAAGAACAUGCUUGUCUACAUAUCCAUAUGUAGUUGGGUGGGAGGCUUGAGUGUUGUCGCCACACAGGGCCUGGGUGCCGCGAUUGUGGCACAGAUUCAAGGAACUUCGGGCGGUCAAUUCACCCACUGGUUCAUAUAUGUGCUACUGGUCUUUGUGAUUGGUACAUUGUUAACAGAAAUCAUUUUCCUCAAUAAAGCACUGAAUUUGUUCAAUGCGGCCAUGGUUACGCCAACCUACUACGUGUACUUUACUAGUACGACUAUCAUAACUUCGGCGGUACUGUUUCAAGGUUUCAAAGGAACUGCAUCGUCCAUUAUUACUGUCGUCAUGGGCUUCCUCGUCAUCUGCUCUGGAGUGGUUUUGUUGCAACUAUCCAAGUCAGCCAAGGAUGUCCCUGAUACCGCUAUAUUCAAGGGAGACUUGGACCAAAUACAAACAAUCGCUGAGCAAGAACAGCCUGAGACGGAACCCAAGGCUGAUGCUAUUCGUGGUACUGCUGCAAUUGUGCGGCGGAUUUCCAUGGCUCGCAAGAAGAUGGAAUUCAAGGAGCUUGAGCGUCUGCACCAGGAGAAGGAGGCUCAACGCUUGGAGACUCUCAGCGAGGACGGGCAGGCACAGUUUGAGUGGGACGGAUUGCGCAGGAGGAGAACAACGACCAUGAUGAGCCAGCGUAGUCGUCCAACGACUGAGCCUUCGCCCAAUCCUUUCACCCAUCCUCAAGGCAUCCCAUUCACACCUCCACCAAGAACACCACACCCACCCCUGGGCAUGUCACAGUUUCCCUCUGAUGACGAUGACAUGGAUGUGGAACGUCAGUCGUCACCCGGUUUGUUGUCGAGCAUCGCCGGCACCAUUAGGAGCCGUGCAAGAAGCGUCAUCCUACCAGGACACCCAGAUUUCCGGGGUGGAUCGAGUGAUGGAAGGGUACAAAGCCCCAUGCACCCGGUUCAACUCAGCAAUAUCAAUGUGCCGGGUCAGAAGACGAGCGGAGAUGAAACCCCGUACGGAACGACUCAGGAACACGUAUAUGGCCUGCCAGACAGCCUUCGACGUCAAGACACUGGAUAUGGCGGCGCCGCAGCUGCCACUGGUGGGAAUAGUCGCCACAUCCAGUUCGAUAACCCGGUUGCCAGUGCCAGCACAGGCUCGCUAGCAGUCCCGCCAACACCACCACCACACAGGGGUGACGGCCACUCAGCACGGCGCCAGUUCUCGUUCCAAAACCCGUUCCGUCGGCAGGCUGCUGAUGGGGCACAAGAUCAAGAAGUGCGUCCGCCGUCAUCAACCCACAGGCCAGGCAGUCGUAUGGGCAUGGGAAGCAGAGGCUACUCGAAUCCCAAGGUAAAAGAUGCGACGGAAGAGGAGAGGUUAGGACUUGUUACAGGCGACUCGGCCACGUUGCCUACCUUGGCUCGGAACAAUGACGACUAUUAUGACGACGAUGAAGAUGACCCCGAGCAGUACCUGGAGGAGAAGCGAGCCCAACGCUAUGGACGUGGCAUCACGAGCAGCAGCCCGCCUAGACGCGGUAGUGACGACAAAGCUGAGGAGGCUGCUGAUUACGAAGCCAAUAGAAGCAGGUGGAAGGAGAGGUCGAGACAGGGCACGCCCAAGAGUUCACCACCAAGACAAUCGCCCCCACGACCUGCACCGGGGAGGAGGGACCCUCCACCCGGAAGCAACGGUGCUUUCAUUUGA